ACUUGCUCUUCCUCUCAGUGAAGUGGUCAGAGAUUUCCUCAUGUGUCAGUCUAGUCUGAGUCUCGCUGUGAAGACGCUUCUUGAGAUCCAGAACAGAGACAGACAGGAGUCCAGAUGCUCGUGUCAUGAUCUGAAGCUGGGACUGGGCUCUUCUGGAUACUGGACUUUAGAGAAAUGAUGCUGAUCUUUGGACUGAUGCUGCUGCUGCAGACUGCUGCAUGUCUGGAUCAGUUCUGCAGGUUUAAUCAGUCUGAUAUCUGUUACGCAGCUCUGGGACACAAACUCAAUCUGCUGAUGGUGCAGAACACUAGUGUAUAUGACACGACGAUACGAAAGAAUAUAAACUACAACACAUCAACUGAUCCAGUUUGUAGAAUAAAGAAUGACACGAUGAGAGAUUGUGAUCUUUAUAGAAACAGACCUGUUACAGUCAUUAUUGGGACUCUGAUAAUAAACCGUGUGAUCAAAGCAGAUUCAGGGAAUUACACAGUAUUUUUCUCUCUCUCAGACGGCUCAGAAACAUCUACAGAUCUUCAAGUGAAUGUUGAAGCUCCUAUUGGCUCAGUGGAAGUGUCCAUCAGCUGCUUCUCCAGUGGGGCGAUGAGGGCGUCCUGCUCCUCUGAGGGCGAUCAGCUCCUCUACAGCUGGACUCUGAAUGGAGAUCCUCUGAUGGAUGGAGGCUCCAGCUUUGAUCUGAAUGAGGGAACUGAUGGAAACAUCACCUGCAGUGUGAAGAACCACGUCAGUCACGGACAGAAGACCGUUAGACUCCAACCCUGUCCUGUGUUUUCAGUGACUGUGUUUGUGCUGGUCUGGUGUUUUCAGCUGAUGGUUCUUUUGGGUUUGUUUCACAUUGAACUGAGACACACAUCAGGAAAGAAUCAGGAAGAUCAGAAACUGAGAAUGAGAAGAUUUAGAGAACGACAUGAAGCAGAAGAUUCAUGAGACCAGCAGCAAAUCAUCACAUCUAUGAGAAAUGACAUAAUGUCACAGAUUCUCACAUGAUUCCAGCUUUCACGGCAGGAGAUCUACAGAAUAAGC